CCACUUUCAAACAGAAGUCGAAAAGUUUACCCUCAAAGUCAAGCUUGUAGAAUUUUAAGCCAUGGCCAGUAUGGAUAUAAUAAAACAGGAUUGAGGAGGGCUUAAAGACAGGAUUACGUCUCUCCGAACUCUCUCACCGUCCUGGUGCUCAUAACAAAGGUGAACUGACCGGCCAGCUUCUACAAGCUUGUAUUUUCAGCUUUACAAUUACAGGAUGAGUUGUUUUCCAGCAAAGGUGAUGGCAACACUAGUAGCACUAUUCCUUCUUGUGGGUGGAAUUGAUAUUCAACCAACUUCUGCAUCACUUCCUUAUGGUGGUCGGAAGAGUUUUUCACUUGAUCGCUCCACGAAGACAACACCAAGAUUAGAAGGCAGUUCUGAAAGUCUGAACAAUAUUAUUACUAGCAAGAAAAUAGUUUUCGCCCGGAUCCUACGUGGAAGAGGUCCAUCACCGCCACCUCCACCCACCCGAAACCGACCGAUAAAGUUGAAGCCCCCCUCCAGGCGCAAGCCUCCACCUGCGCCUCCUAUUUUAAACUAGGACAAAAAUUUCUUACGAAAUAGGUUUGAGCAAUUUUCUUCCUACCCAAUUUAGGGAAGUGAUGGUUCUUUAACAAUUACAUGUAAUUGUUAAAGAAACACAUUUUAUUUUAAUAAUUAUGUUUCUUACUUUGUUCUCUUGAUGUGAUCCCAAAAAGAAAAGUUGUGUUCAAA